ACGGGGGUUUUCAAAACAUCACUUGCCUUAUAAAUUUCAAAGGUAUCGAAAAUUACUAUCUUAACCCUUUCCCUGAGAAUACUAACAAGUUAUAUUUGAUUCAUUUUAUGAGGUUAGAGUAGUCAUUUCAGAACGGCCGUCCCAUUUGAUUCCCGCCAGCUUUUUAUGAAACAGGUAUUUCAGUUAAUAACAUCACCCCUGAAUCUGAUGACAAUUAACCAACAUAAUUAAUUCCACUCUUUAUUAUUUCCAUCUAAAACCUCAUCUCAAUCUCCUACCAUUGAUCACCAUGACAACCACCUCCACCUCCGCCACGUCAUCACAAAUCUUACACCACACCGCCACUUUCGUCUCCGAAGCCCUCUCGCAAUCCGAAAUUCGCCGCCGUCUCUUCUCGAUUCUCCGCCGCAAACUGACCCUUUCCCCACCCCCUUCCCACGACCCAACCGCCCUAAUCAAACCCCUAAACCUCGCCGCCGAAACACUCGACAACGCAAUAACCUCCACAAGCUCCACCGUCAGAUCAUCAUCCCUCCGCCUCAUCGAAAACCUCCUCCUCUCUCACCCCGAAAACUCCGUCUCCUCCCUCCUCCUUUCCCUCACCUACGGCCUCUGGCGCCGCCCGGUGGACGCCGCUCUCAGCCUCCUAGACGUUUUCCGGUUGGAUCCUUCGUCGGCUCGCUCAGAAAUCGCUCCCUCGCUUUUCGAAGAGCUCUUUCUAAUUCACCUUCUCCCCGUUCUCCGCGAAUUGAAUGAUCGGAGAUCGAAGAUCUUGUCGAUUAGCACUACUUCUCCUCCGCCGAAUAAUAACAAUCUCUUUACCAAUACAUUUUACGACGACGACGACGAUUACUCGAUUAACGAUGAAAUGGGUGCCGUGCCGAGCACGAAAUCUUUGUCGAAGAUGAGCGACGAACAGGCUUCUGAGCUGAAAAUAUUGGAGACGGAAUAUGAGGAGGUUGUUGAUGAGAAUUGCCGGGUUUUGGCUAAGUACUUGAAAGAGGUUUUGGAAAAUGAAGAUAAGGGUGAUAAUAUUAAUAGGUUGACUUUUCAUCCACCUUUGACUAUAAUGCAAACAAGCCAAGCUCUUGAUGAUCAUCGUGGAUUUAAUGAGGACCGUCCGAUGAGGACUGAGCAGCUUAGUAGGAUUUCCGUAAACGGACGGUAUAAUCCAAUAUGGACCGAAGGGGAAAGGUCUACUGAACUAUUCAACCAAACUAGUAGCAGCAAGUCCAAGUCCAAGACUUUACCAUUUUACCCUCAAAGAGUCUCUCCUCAAAUAUUUUCAGAUCAAAAAUCUUCUUGGAAAUUUUCAACGUCACCCAAAACAAACUCCUACUCCGAACUUGAGUCUUCAUUGGACGAUAUUCGGGUAGAAUCUUCUUCCGAAGAAUCUGAAGCAGAGACUGAGGUGGAAAGAAACAGAAACAUGGCCUUGUUUGAGUCCAGACAGAGUCAAACCCAGAAACCAGAGCAACCCGGUUUGGCAGAAUCAAGUUGUUCUCCAGAUAAUGUUAUAGGAAAACAAACACCUCCAAAGGACUUUGUGUGUCCCAUAACUAGCAAUGUCUUCAAUGAUCCGGUGACCCUUGAGACUGGUCAGACUUACGAGCGCCGAGCUAUCCAAGAAUGGCUCGAUAGAGGAAACGACACCUGCCCAAUUACGCGCCAGGAGCUGCAAAACACACAGUUGCCUAAAACAAACUAUGUCUUAAAAAGGCUCAUUGGGAGCUGGCAAGAGCUCAAUCCUGAUUUAGUGGCUGCAGUAAACCAUUCUGAAAAUUUAUGCAUAGGAAUUGACCAAGUUGUGAAUUCCAACUCAGAUAUGAUGCCUUCCAAUUCACCCAACAGUGUCAUAAGCCAAGCCACCAUUGAAGGGACUGUUAGUGAGCUGAGACAUGCCAUUUCCAAUCUCUGCACCUCUGAGAUUCUCAAGGAGUCUGAGACUGCAGUGCUUCGAAUCGAGCGGUUCUGGCAGGAAGCAAAUAUGGAACAUGAUAUUCAGAUUAUGCUAUCAAAGCCUCCUGUUGUAAAUGGAUUUGUUGAGAUACUUUUCAAUUCUGUUGAUUCUAAGGUACUUAGAGCAACAAUUUUUCUUCUGUCUGAGUUGGGAUCAAGAGACAAAGCUGUGAUCCAGACGCUUACUCAGGUUGAUUCUGAUGUGGAAUGCAUUGCUGCUCUGCUUAGAAAGGGGUUGACUGAAGCUAUUGUGUUAAUAUAUUUGCUAAGAACAUCAAUUCUUGACUUGACAAAGUUGGACUUGGUGGACUCACUCUUAAUGGCCAUAAAUAAUAAAGAGAGGGAUUUGUUUAAUAUGUGUGUGAAGCCAAAAACAGCUGCAGUGAUUUUGUUGGGACAGGUUUUUGAGAGCUGUGAUGAGACCACAGCUGCUUCUGUUGUUAAUUCCAUGGUUUCUGGAAAGGAGAUUGAAAGUGUUGUUGAUUGUUUGGGGGCCGAAUCCUCGGAAGAGAGGAUUGCUACUGUUGGAAUUCUUGUCAAGUGUAUGCAGGUAGAUGGGAAGUGCAGGAACAUUAUUGCUGAUAAGGCUGAGUUGGCUCCUGUUUUGGAAAGCUUAAUGGGUCCAAAUGAUGGAGAACGGUUCGAGAUGAUUAACUUUUUAUCAGAAUUAGUCAAAUUAAACAGAAGAACAUUCAAUGACCAAAUCCUUCACAUUAUAAAGGAUGAAGGGCCUCUCAGUACAAUGCAUGCCCUUCUUGUUUAUCUUCAGACAGCUCCUGAUGAUCAAUGUCCAACAGUUGCUGGUCUCCUUCUCCAGCUAGACCUUCUGACGGAGCCAAGAAAGAUGAGCAUUUACCGCGAAGAGGCGAUAGAUACUCUCAUAUCUUGCCUCAGAAAUACAGAAUUCCCUGGUGUCCAAUUAGCUGCUGCUGAAACAAUUAUGUCACUACAAGGGAGUUUCACCACUUCAGGGAAGUCUCUUACAAGAGCUACCCUUCUCAAACGCGCUGGCCUAGACAAAAGCUAUAAUAAUCUUGUGAGAAUUGACCAACUAAGCAGUUUCUCAGCAGAAGCUGAAGAGAGCCUUAAGGAAGAAGAAAAGGCAGCUGAAAAUUGGGAAAGGAAAAUGGCUUCUGUUCUGGUGAGCCAUGAGUUUGGUCUACUCUUUGAGGCUUUAUCUGAAGGCUUAAGAAGCACAGAUUCAGAACUAUGUUCAACAUGCUUCAUAUCAGCUACAUGGCUUGUAGACAUGCUCAAAACUCUUCCAGAUACAGGAGUACGAGGAGCAGCACGAGUCUGCUUGCUGAAACGGUUCGCUUCCAUAUUCAAGUCCUCCAGAAAUACUGAAGAGAAAAUCCUUUCUUUGCUUGCACUCAGCAGCUUCAUCCAGGAACCUGAGGGGCUACAUGAGUUAACUUCCUAUUUAAAAGACAUAUUUAAAGGUCUGAGAGUGCUGAGGAAAUCCACUCCCUUAGCACUUGAAAUGCUGAAAAUGGUGUUUGAAGGCCAAGACUCAAGUGCUGACUUGUGGAGUCAUAAACAAUUAGUUCAAGUAGAUUGCAGCGAGAAUGGAGAGGUUCUAUCUUUAGUUUCUUUCAAAGACAAAAUCUUUUCAGGCCAUUCAGAUGGCACAAUAAAGGUGUGGACCGGUAAAGGUAGCAUUCUUCAUCUGAUCCAGGAAAUUCGAGAACAUACAAAGGCGGUUACAAGCCUAACUAUUUUGCCAGCAGCAGAGAAACUGUACAGUGGUUCACUUGAUAGGACUUCAAGGGUCUGGUCUAUUUCCGACAAAGCAAUACAUUGUAUACAAGUACAUGAUAUGAAGGAUCAAGUUCUCAGUUUAGUCAUUUCCAAUACAGUUUAUUGCUUUAUUCCACAUGGUUCUGGUGUCAAGGUUCAUUCCGGGAAUGGAUCAUCCAAAUUGUUGAAUGGAAGCAAACAUGUGAAGUGCUUGGCUUUAGUGCAGGGAAAAUUAUACUGUGGAUGCCAAGAUAAUAGCAUUCAAGAGAUUGAUUUGGCCACAGAAACAGUCGGUACCAUUCAAAUUGGUUCUAGGAAAUUGCUUGGCAAAGCAAGCCCUGUUCAUGCCUUGCAAAUAUAUGGUGAACAUAUAUAUGCUGCUUCUACUUCCUUGGAUGGAACAGUUGUCAAGAUCUUAAGCACAUCAGACUACAAUAUAGUUGGAUCAUUGGUUACUACAUUGGAAGUAAGAGUGAUGGCCAUAAGCUCAGAACUAAUUUAUUUGGGAUGCAAAAAAGGAAGUGUGGAAAUUUGGAAUAGGGAGAAGUUGAACAGAAUAGACACACUACAAACUGGUUCAAAUUGCAGAGUUCUUUGCAUGGCUCUUGAUUCUACUGAAGAAGUCUUGGUGUUUGGUACUUCCGACGGUCAAAUUCAGGCAUGGGGAUUAAGCUAGCUAAAAAUAGAGGAUGUUGCAAAUUUUGGAUAAAAAGUCAUCAUUUUUUCUUGUAGAGUUGAUAAAGAUAUGAUAUUCAUUUGAUUAUUUAUUUGUUUGAGAACAACUAGUGAAAAUGUAAAUAGCAUAUACAAAUUACAAAGUACCAAAGAAUAACGUACUUUAUGCAUCGUAUAUACCAAGUACAACUUAAGUACAACAUAAGCCUAUAGAAAACACAUCACAGAUCAAUUAUCAUUCCUAUUUUUCUGUCUUCUCCUUCCUUAAAUAA